UCCGUAGCCCUCAAGGGCUCAAGCAGAGCAAGCAUGGCGCGGCCUCCACAUGAGAGCGAUGCCGCACAUUUUGCAAGGGUGCUCAGAUAUUCCAUUCCAGCAUCCAUCGUUGGGCUUGUUGCGGUUUCCUGGCCAUGUGGCACAUUGGUUCGUUGGACAUCUGCGGCCCUCCUUCGGAUUGAGGGUCAAGACGACGAAGUUGGGACACUACCGUUGGACCCGGUGACAUGGGCGGUGAGCGUUCGCACGGAAGUUCGGGACAGGACCCCUUUCUUUGUUUUCAAGGCAUUGCGCUUCUUCUUCAUGGAAUGCAUCGCCGCUCCCGGCUUUGGUAUUGCCGUGUAUCAUGCUCUCAAUUCCGGAGAAAGGCACUUACGUAUCACCCUUGUCGCUUCGGAAUGCGUUAAUUUUGUUUUGAGUUGGACCUUGCGAUUUAUUUGUCUUGCACUGCAUGUCAGCAUGUCGCUUGACUUCAAUACGAGACCUAUGUUGCUUCACAUCACCAAUUUGGCCCCUGCUGACUUUUUCAAAAUAAUAGAUUGGGAUGAAACCCUGCCGCUGGAUAUAUCGAGCACAGUUGAUCACAACACAAACGCUCCUGCGAGCCCCCGCCAAAAUGGCAAGAAAUGGUAAGCUCAGAUCCGCAUGGCUACAUUGCAACCGAACCGCUUGACCACCAUCUCGACCGAACUGGCGGAAUUCGACCACGCGUCCGACAAAAUGCGUUCGACAAACCCCAGCCCGCAUCAACCGAUCCGCAAUAAGCACGCAAGCCUUUGACGACCACAACGCACGUGACGUCGCAUAACGCGACGCGCCAUCGAAAACGUUCGACGCGCGCCUCGGAAUGACAUCGGGCUUCAUGGAACGUCGAAUGGAAAACAUGAAAAACCGCCCUGUGGGCUCCGAGACUCAAAAUUACUGAUGUGAAGGAUUUCGGGUCGUCGAUUCAACGAAGGGUCCUGGCUCGUCUUCGAGAUGGGCGUCAGUUCCGUGCUUUGGCUUCCUAUCACAUCUGGGCUCUUCCUCAUGCUGGUUCCGCGCAGAGAGUGGUUGACGACAUUGCUCCUCAAUAUUCUCGUUGCGAUUGCCUCCGUGGUAGUGUUCUACGGACGGGAUGUGACAUUGAAUGGGUACUUCGCCAUCGAGGGUGACCUUGCGCGUAUCUGCGUGGGCAUCGUUGCUCCAGCGACUAUGACCAUGGUCAUCAUGGAGAGCUACUUUGUUUUUGCGUUCCACAUGCUCCAGUUCCGUUGCUUGCGGUUCGCGGCAGUGCUGAUGGGAGGGCCGGUUUGCUUCGGUUUGACUUUGGCUACCAUUUUGCAGCUGGGCUCCACCAGUGUCGUCUCUGGCGUUUGCAUCGAAUUUGGCUCUCUGCUCGUGGAGCUCAGGUUCAAGUACUGCUUGUUGUCGGGGACGACGCCGCUCCAGAGCUUGCGAGAUCGCUUGUGUUGCCUCGGGCGUUGCUGCAGCCACCGAAAAACGGGAAGGAUGAGCUUCGUUCACCCAGGGUUCGACAACAUCGUGUCUCUUGAUCCGACCGUCCUGGGCGCACAGCAAGCCGGCAGCGGAGAGCGGGCUGGCGAGACUCACGGCGACGCGGGCCCAUGCAGCGAGACAUUGGACAACGAUGGCCCCGAGAAGGAUCGCCGCCAUCUCUUGGCAAUGAUUGUUGCGUAUUACAACAUCGUCGGGGCCGUUGCUCAGGUAACCGUCGCAGGCUUUCUCAUUGUUGCGAAGGUGCAGCCGAACAAGUCAUGGUCCGCACCAUUGCCUCCAUCAAAGAUCCUCGCGCUUGUGGGGCUCCGAUUGGCCUUUGAUGUUCUUGGCGACAUGGCGAUUACGGCAGUGGCCCACUGUUGUCAACCGAAAGGUGUUCAUGCUCUGGCGGAAGCGUGGGGAAAUUUGGGCUGGCAAGGACUGGCUAGCGUGUGUUUCUUGGCCUUGGUCUGGUCUGCGGACGCGAUGAUGCUCUACAUGACCUUCCUCUGCCCAGUUCCUGUUCAACGGGGCGCGGUCGAUCCGUUCACAGUCGAGCUGCUUGCCUUGGGCUUGUGCCCGCACCGUUCGCACUUGCUACAGUUGUCCUGAACUUAUGGCCUCUGUCGCACCGAAAAAAAAAG